AUGUGGGUCGGAAACAGCGAGUUGUCAGUGGAGCGGCGAACGACGUUCGUUCCGGAACCAGCAAGACUGGCCACCACUACGGAGUAUGGUUGCAACCGUAUCUCAACACAUCAUAGGCAUGUGGUGCGGAGCUCUAGUCAGAUAUUUGAAGCUUCUCUUUUGUUGUUAUUUUUGUGUGGUUUGUGCGGAUUGUGUCUGAGUGGAAUGGUGCGGCGGACAUGGAAACUGAGGAGAAUCUAUGUAUGGGUAGAGGCCGGCCCGAGCGAGCUGGGUGCGAUGACUCCGACGAGCGACGGAGGCAAUGGGGCCGCCGCCGACACCCCGAUGAAAUGGGAGAUGGAUCCACUUGCCCGGGCCCGCAGCCGGCCGGCUCUCAAUACGCAAAACCACUGCGGUAGCCAAAAGAAAUAGAAGAAAGAGAUACCGGAAACGGAAAUUACUGG